CAAUGACUAAACUUUAAACUUUUCUCUAUUAUUCAAUAGUUUCAAUUCUUAUAAAUUUUUACUUUGGUUGAAUUUGAAAAAAGACCCUUUUUGGACUUCAGAUUGUGCUGUGUAGCGUUACUUUAUUUUUUACCAAACUUGUUUUCCAUUUUACUUUUCUUUUUUCUUUUUUUGGUUUAUUGAAGCUAAUACAAAGAAGAGGAAUCAAUUAAAGAGCUUUAAAGUAGAAGAAAAUCAUCUUCUCUCUCUCUUUUUUUUCUCUUUGUUUCUUGACUUUAUACAACAAUGAGCACAGACACUAGACUUAUUCUAAGUUUAGUAAAUAGAAUAGCAGUUAGAUUACCAACUACCAGUGACACUGAGAAUGACUCAUUACAACACGAUCCCUUAAUUCAACAAUCAGUGGCAGCAUUGAUUGAACUAUCAAAAUAUAGAUUAUCCACUAUUGCAAGCACUAUCAUGACUAUGCUUGAAAAUAUGUCAAAGCCUAAUACACUUCCAAGAAAUGAUGACAACUCCUUCCAUUUAUUACAGUCACAGUUAUUCAUGAUUCGCAUACUCGCAGCCUGUAUGCAACAUUGUUGGAAACAAAAUGAGGUUUCACAAGAACAGUCAAAAAGACGACCCAACCUGAUACGUACAGACACCGAUGUUUGGGAGCUACCUGAGGGUAUACCGCCUGCACCCAAUGAUCCACCACCACUUGAUAAUGCUUUAGCAAAACACAUCAUCAAUGUCAUGUCUCGUUAUUUAUCACAAGUUGGAACACUUGAAGAUCGUGAACAUGGACUUGUAGCCAAUGGAACGAGAGCAGUAGCUGUCUUGGAUCAAAAACACCCGUUAUGUAAUGAUAUUUAUCAGGCAGUCUGUCGUAUAUUGUCCUAUGUUAGCGCAAGUAAUUGGAACAUCGUAUUUGGCAAGUUCAAAUCAAGAAUCAUGUGUUUGACAUCAGCUGCCGAUGAAUCACCAGAAGUGAUUGAUAUUGCCAUUAUCGAAUGUUCAUCUUUAAACUCAAAACGAUUAAGUAUGAUUUUGACAGAACUCUGUACAUCUACUCUACAUUUGAAAAAGACAACACAGCAGUUGGUAGCUAUGGCCUUGAGAGGAGCCAUUUGGGGUUGGAUAGAGAGUUAUACAUCCGAAUUUAUGAUGCUCUCUCGUAGUCAAAAAAGAUUAGAAGGAUCACCCGAAAUCCUAUUUGAUAUAUUCAAUUCAUUAGCAGACACAGCAAAGAAAAAGGCGGUAUAUUGGCCAGUCCAGAUGAUGCUACUCACACUCUGCCCGGACAUCAUGCUUUCUACAACUGUGUCAGGAAGUGCGAAUAACAAGAAGUCUGCAUUCUUGGCUUCUUUGAGAAAGGCAAUGAAAGGUGACCGUAUGGCAGAUUUAGCAGCCAUUUGUUAUGUGGACUGCUGUCGAGCUGCUACUUAUAUUGCAAAAGAUGAUACGACAGCCCUUCGUCAAAUCGUGCCUGAUAUCGAAAAUGAGCUAGUUGAAAAGCUGUUUGAUCCUCAUCGACCCAUUGGUAUCGAUGGUCGUAACAAUAGUUUGGGUGUGUAUAUCGAUUACCAGUCUCUGAUGGCAGAUUGUAUUGUGGCUCUUUUUCGAUUGGAUGUUGAACGAACAGUGAAUACGAUUAUUCCAGCCUGCUUUGAAUUUUCUGCACCUACUCUCUUUAAAGUAAGCAUGGUCAAGGCAGCAGUGGCAAUAGCAUCUGAAGAAAAUAAGUUACCUUGGGUUCCACCUGUAUCUACCCUACACAAUUCGCUCUGUUCUCGUAUCCGUACUCUGUUUUUGGAAUAUUAUAGUCGCGAAAUUAGAGAAAAAUCAGAUACAGCUAGUCAGUCUUCACGAAAGGGUAUGCGCCCGAGAAGAGAUACAUCCGCGGUUCCACCUGAGCGAUUUGAACUCAUUUUGGAUGUUUUACAUUUAUAUCAAACAGAUCCACAGUUUGCUGUUUUGGGCGACGAUUCAGAUAGAUAUGAGCAGAAUGCUUCUCUGAUGAUUGCCAUUACCAAUUACGUCAGCGAUCCUAACCCUUCCGUCAGGGAAGCAGCAGCUGACUGUUUGGCCAAACUUCAUGCGCCCAACUAUAUCCUGUCAUGGGGGCCACCAAACCACGUAAUGGAAGCAUUCUGGAAGUUAUCGUCCGAGGUGUUAUAUACACUUGCAAAACAAAUCCUGGCAGAAAGAGACAAAGGGCUGAGAGCUCUUUUGGACCUCUUGAGGCGUUUACUCACACUGCGUAACGAAUUUUUGCAACAGCAUCGCAAUGUAGCAGCAAGAGGCGCCGAUACAAAAGAAAGGCGACAAGCUUCUAUAGCGCUUGAAGUGGCGCUACUAGUGAUGCUCUGUUCCUCAGACACCAACAUAUGCACGAUUGCCAUUGAAUGCUUUGCCUUGAUAUGUACAGAAAUUGGACUGACAGAAUGUUUUGAGGAGUAUCAGCCUUCGUCCACAAUCUUUGUGGAGAACAUGGCAUGUUAUACCAAGCUGAUCGAAGACGCCAAUGUGGUAAUAGGUAGAAAAUCACAGCAGCGUCGUAUUCGUCGAUUGCUACGUAUGGCCACACAUGGCUCUCCAGGCAUGUUGAGUGCUUGGGAGGAAGCAUGGAAAAGAUGGAAAUUGAUGACACCACUUAUCGUUCGUCCGCCUGAAGAAAGUAGAGAUGACACUUUAGAAGUAAAUCGAAAAGGUACCGGCUGGCAGGAUAAGCUGAGAAAUACGUCAAGCCGACAUACUGGUUCAACUAGUACCGUUACAACCACAAAUCGUGUAGAGUAUCUAGAUGAAGAACGAGCGGCAGAAUGGCAGAAUUAUGCUGGUUUUCUCGCAGCCCUAGGUGGUGUGUGUCUGAUGACUGCUCAAAACGAAGAGUUGCUCAAUAGUCAGAUUAGCAGCAGCAGUGGCACUGUACAUAGUAGCGGGAUACGUUAUGUGCCAGAGUCAGCCGUGUUGGUGGAUAAGUUUCUCGUAGAGAUGGUGGAUUUGCUGGCCUGUGAUAAUUUGCUAGUCAGAGAGUGGGUCAGAGAAAUUCUUGGAAACGACCUAUCACCUGCUUUAUACCACACUAUGUUUCGCUGCUUAGAAGAUACCCUAACACAAUGCUUCUCCCAAGCCAACAAGAAUGAGCCCAUAUGUGAGCCUCGGUACACACUCUUUGUCGAACAGGCCAUCUCGGUGUUGAAGCUCGUCUUGGAUCGCUUAGCAGAUAAAUCAGAAAGUCUGUUUAUGGUCGAUUUUAGUACCCUUAUUAGCCUGUGUACUUUUUAUGUCAAUAGGCUUACAACAGAUGCUGGGUCAAUCAAGAUGAAGAUCAAACUAUGUCAUCUGAUUGAAGUGCUUAUGCUCAAGAAGGAUCGAGUCACCAUUAGGCAAGAGUUCAGAUUAAGAAACAAACUACUGGAAAUCAUUGCUGAGUGGAUCAGUGAUUAUACAUUGGCAAAGAAGCCUUAUCUUUCGUCAUCUCAGUUAUCUUCAAAUGAUCCAUCUCAAUUAGAGAAGCUUCAGCAGGAUUUGGAUGUUGCCUGUUUAAAGACUAUCGUGGCUUUACUUCAUCAGCUUCCCCUUCAACCGGUGGAGUCGCUUCAGGAAUCAAAUGCAAUGGUCGCGAAAAGCAAAAUUUUCUUCAAGUAUUUUACCUUCUUUUUCAAAGUACUCAAUCGUUGCCGUCUGUCUGAACUAGACUCCUCUGCUCAAUCUCGAAGCAGUGUUGAAUUUAGAACUGAAUCCGGUAUAGAAACUCUAAAGAAUUAUACUAUUCUGGCUCUUUCCAAUUUACUAAGUGCCAAUGUGGAUGCUGGUCUAAAGUACUCUUUUUCCAUGGGCUACCAUGAGGACACCAGCACUCGUACUGCUUUCAUGGAAGUAUUGGCCAAUAUUUUAAAUCAAGGAACAGAAUUUGAGAAUUUGGCAGAGACAGUGAUGACUGAUAGAUAUGAAAAACUGAUUGAUAUACUGAUAAACUCUGAUCUUGAUGUUACCAAAUCGCUCUGUGAGGUGUGCCCUUCUUCUGAAAUCGAUGAUUGUGCUAAUGCUCUGUAUGCCUGUUAUUCAUCGAGAAACAAGAUAAUGCAACUUCUCAAGACAGUCAUUCAAAAAGAAAUUGAUACCACAGAUAAUGAGACUGAUUUGUUUAGAAGAACAAGUAUUGCCACUCGCUUACUCUCUGUGUUUGCAAAAGAUAGUGGUACUGAAUACGUCAAGGCUGUGUUGUCGCCUGUAUUCCAAAAGCUAUCUGAGCUUCCUAGGGAGAACAGAUGCUUUGAGCUAGACCCUUCAAAACUAUUACCCAAUGAAGACGGCAAUAGGAAUAGACAAAACGUGAUUGAGGUGACCGAGUUGUUCUUACAAGCUAUCUGCAACUCGGUUGACCUUGCUCCUCUAUCCUUUCGCGAGAUUUGCUCCUACAUCGCUAUGUCUGUCCGCGAACGAUUCCCUGAAGCUAGAUACACGGCCGUGGGCUCUUUUAUCUUCUUACGGUUCUUUUGUCCAGUCAUCGUUUCACCCGAGAUCGACGGUGUGACAAAAACCGCACAGCUCAACUCACGUGAGAUGCGUCGUGGGUAUCUGAUAGCAACCAAAGUGAUACAAAAUCUUGCCAACAACGUCCUUUUUGGAGCAAAAGAAACUUACAUGAUUGUUCUAAAUGAUUUUUUGACCAACAAUAUUUAUAAAGUAGCUAAUUUCCUGCGCGAGAUAUCAACAAUGCCAUCCGAGCCAAUAAGUGAGCGACCAAGAGAGGCCUAUGAACUGACGGAAGAAGAUUAUGUUUUGCUUCACCAAGUGUUGGCUGACAAUAUGGAACGUAUAUCACGAGAUUUGGCCAUACGAAAAUUAAACCGAAGCCAUGAUCAAGAGUCACUCACUGCUUGGAAACGUGAAUUUGAUAGAUUUGCGAACAUACUUGCUCAGCUGGGUCGUCCUCCAGAACUGCGAAAGAAAGAGUCGUUGCCUUCAAAGAACUACAUCUUUGCUGCCUCCAACCAGAUCUAUUCGGACUUCAUACGACGCAAUAACCAUCGAAGUGUAGAGCCCAUUGCUUCCAAAAACAUCUUUUAUGAGGGAGGUAUCUCAAAGGCUGGUCGACGUGUUUAUUACUUGAUUCUGCGUCAUAUCGAUGUUGAUAAUAUAGACUUUGAAUUACUCAUCUACCAUAUAUUACGAAUAUUGGAAGCAUCCUCAAACAAGUCCUUUGAAGUGUUGAUUGACUGUACUUUGUUCACAAAUAACAAUGAAGUACCGUCUCAAUGGAUUAGUCAAUUAAUGCAGCUAUUAUCCAGUGAUAUCAUGGGCAAUCUUGCUGCUCUUCACGUCUAUAACCCCAACUCUUAUCUAAGAACUUAUCUGAAGAAGAUAGAAAUACAGCAGUUACCACACAAACUUUCAAAAAAGACAUCAUUUACAGCUACAUUAGUCGAGCUUCAAGAAUACAUACAGGCAUCAGAGAUAAAGCUUCCAAAGUUAACAAUUGGUCUAGAAACAGAUCCUAGUGCAGUAUUUUUCCCUGUAUACAAGAUUGUACAAUACAGAACCAAUAUUCCACUUACGAUCAAAGUAAACGCAGAGUAUAUACAGAUCAUGACUGUCCGCAAACAAGAAAUCUCCUAUGGCAUACAUGCUGUUAUUAACGACGUCUAUCAUAUUUCUGAAGUUGAACAAGUAGCUAUAGUUCAGCAUGAGCAUCAAGGCGCAGAACAGAUAAAUGAAUUCACCUUCAAAACAUCGCGAGAUAAUGUGAUCAGUACCUUCAGUUCACCAAAACGAGAAGCCAUUGUGAAUACAGUUCGUCAAAGCAAACGGCGUUAUGAUUCUUCUCGACCAACGAAUAUAACAGAGCGAACUAUACGUCCAAAGGAUGUCCCUGGAAGAUUGCUCAAUAUGGCUCUACUUAACCUUGGCAGUGAUGAUCCUAACUUACGACUCUCUUCAUACAAUCUGCUGUAUGCCCUGAGUAGAGCAUUCAAUUUUGAUGUUGGUAAACAGCUGUUGGAUGCAAAAGAUCUUUGUCUUCCAUCAAACAGUACUGACUUUAUCGUCAGUAUUAGUGAAAAGAUUGCUGAAAAGGAACCAGGUCUAACACUUGAAUUUUUAAAUGAAUGUGUAAUGGGCUAUGCAAAGUCUGAAGAAGGUCUUAAAUACCUUAUACUCCUUUACAUGAUACCGUGGCUAUCUAACCUUUCGCUAUACUGUGAAAGUUCCGUUAAAGAUAUGGCAAAGACUAAAGAAAUUUUGCGGCAACUGAUAGACCUUACUAUCAAUGGGGAGAUGGCUAAGCUUGUUCAAGCCAAAAUAUGGAAAACUAUUGCAGAUGUAGAUGAUCUCCUUGGGUUAGUCAUUGACACUUUCUUACAAGUCUCUAACGAGCACGGUAUCGGUUCUCGUCAAGCAGAAGCUCUGGCCGAUACGCUCGUCACGCUCUCCAAUAUCACAAUUCGUUCUAAAUUAGUCAUGCGCUUGCGUAAAGUGUUGUAUAGCACAUCAUUUAAACCAGCGCGUUCCUUAGCGGAGCACUCAGCCUGGCCAGAAAUCGCUAUUCUCAUCCGAUUCAUCCUGAUGCUCUCUUUCAACAACCACGGCCCCAUAAAGCGAACAGUACCCGAGCUUUUUCACAUUGUCACUCUUGUUGCUGGUACAGGCUCUACCAUCAUCAGAGCUUCUAUUCAUGGUAUCGUAGUCAAUUUGAUUCAAUCUCUCUGUACCUGUUUACCACUUCCAGCAGUCAAUGUUCAAAAACUACAAAUGAUUUUGACAGAACUAUCUGAUUCCAAGAGUCGACUGCUGUUUGGAUUGAAUAGAUCUUAUGCGAAUGCCUUUGCCAUAAGCUCUGAAACAUUGAAUGACACUUUGGAACCCAUUUCUUUGUCAUCCUUGGAGAUUAUUGUUGGUAAACUAUCAGAAGUGAUUAGCACUGCAGCUCCGAAUACAGAUAUUGCAAACUGCUGGAGAGCCAGAUGGAUGAGCUUAGUAGCUAGUACAGCAUUUCAAUUCAAUCCUGCUAUACAGCCCCGAGCCUUUGUCGUUCUUGGUUACCUAGGUAGAGAAGAAGUAGAUGAUGACCUACUCUAUCAAAUUCUUGUUGCGCUCCGAGGAGCUCUUUCCAUCUUUACUGAAACGGAUCCUAAUCUUGUGACAAGUAUUAUCAUGUGCUUGAAGAACGUCGUUGAAAGUCUCCCAAGUGACUCUGUAUAUCUACUUCAGCUAUUUUGGGUAGCAGUCGCCUUGGUUCAGAUCAACUCAGCAUCCAUUUUCGUUACGGCAUUAGAACUGCUUGAAGCAACGUUCAGGUCUCUUGAUUCCAACAACUUUUUCUCUGGAAGCAAUGUAUCUGAAGUCUUAUUGGCUGCUCGAGCACCCAUAUCCGAUGUGGCUCUACAGCUGGACAGAUACUGUGGCGUUAACUUCAACACACACUUUUCAUUUGCAAUUGCUGGUAUCAUCAUGAAGGGACUACGUUUCAGUGAUGCCAAGGUGGCUAUCUACAGCACUCUUUGUACCUUUUUAGAUAUUGAACGUAAGCAGUAUUACAAGAAUUUCUUGGGAGAAAAGAGUGUGGUCAUCGAGGCUUCUACUUUGGGCUAUGUGACAGCGCUGUUGCCUAUAGCUGCCAAGAACGACUCUGUAAAGCAAAUGAUGAAGCUCGUUGGUCUUUCAGAAGUUGAAACUGAACCUAGUGAAAGCACGUAUGCAGGCGUAUUUGAUAAGUUGGAUAUUCCUGACAAUGUUACUGCCUUGCUCGUCAUGUCUCUAUUGGCCACAAUGCUUAAUGCUACAGACAGUGAAUCAGAAAGGUUGUUUAUUUAUGGCCUUUUAUCAGAAGCCGCUGUUUCUUUACCUGACGUUUUUGCUUUAAUAUAUGAUUCCCUUUUGCCACGAAUGAACCAGAUAGUUAUCAAUAGUCAAAAUCAACUACUCAUUGAAUCUGUAAAGUCUAUUCUGGUAACUGCAUGUUCAAAUCCAAUUUUUUCACAACCCAAGAACAGAACAUCCCAAAGAAGCUUAUUAGAUCAAUUUGGAUUUUCAGCUUUAGGUGACACCACUUUUGGAGUGUCAACGUCAAAUUGUUUAAGAUAUGCCAAGCUGGCAAGCGAAAUAAUGGACAGAAUUAUUUUCUAGGAGGCAAAUACAUAGAAAAUAUAAAUAUAUACACACACAAAAGUACAUAUCUUCGCACUUUAUAGAUUCAAACAGCAUUCAUAUAAAUAUAUACAUUUUCGUACACGUUACAAGUAAUAUAAAAGCGC